UCAAAAACAGAUCUCGUUCUAGUUCACCAUCAGAAUUAGAACGUGAGUCCAGUCGAGUACCUAUUUCUCAGCAAAAAAUUGAUUUUAAUAAUGAACCUCGUGAAAUAGUAAUUUCAGUAAAUAAUCUUAUUAGUGAGUUUGGUGAUGUUCGAACUACAAAAUGGUUAGAUCUUUUAUAG